CUCGGAAACUGCGCAAGUUGCCACGCGCAUCGCCACCAUGUCUGUUGCGACGAUGCCUCUUGUGGGCAAGAAGUUCCAGGCCAAGCUUGGAGGUAUGGCGAACGAAGCUGUGGCGUCUGGCGUAUCGUCGUUUGCGAAGCGUCAGAUGGAAAAGAUGGGGUGGACCGAAGGCAAAGGAUUGGGCAAAGACGAACAAGGGAUGGCGACGCACAUCAAGGUGAAGCGCCGCGAAGAGAACAUGGGCGUGGGGGUGGAGACCAAGGAAAAGGAGGACCAGUCCAACCAGUGGUGGUACAACGUGUACAACAAUGUGGCAAGCAAGAUCGUGGUUGACCCAUCGAGCGACGACGAAACCAAGAAGGCGAAGAAAGCCAAGAAAAAGGCCAAGAAGGAACUCAAGCGCAAGCUCGAGGCCAACGAAAGCAAUCUUAUCGACGAGCCCACGGACGAGCAAUUGUUUGCCGCAACGGGUGGAAAGCUGUUUGGUCGCCGGGCAUAUGGAUCAUGCAAGGGCAAGCUCAUGCGCGAUGCCAUUCAAACGGGCAAAGUCGUGACGGACACGGUUGGCGACGGCAAAAAGCGUGAAAAGAAGAGCAGCAAGAAGGCCAAGAAGGCCAAGCGCUCCACAGAUAGCGACGACAGCACAGACGUUGCUGCAUAGAGCGUCAUGCUGUGUUGGACAGUGUUCUCCUAUUUAAUGCCAUCCAGCUACCCUUGUCAAGCUGGUGACAUCGCGU